AGACAAAGCGGCGGUGAUAUAAACCCAACGACGGUGAGGGUAGAUGAAGGAAGAGAAACUAGGCAGCGGUGACGGCUUCAUUGCCAUUGAAUUCGAAGGCUUAAUCGAGACUCGAGGAGCAGAGAGAAUUUGUAAAACAAAUUACUAUUUAACAAAAAGUCAUCACGACGACGUCGUUUUUGCUCUAUGUUUUCUUUACUAACAAAGAGAGAUUUCUAGGGCACAUCCUUCAAUCUCUCGAUUUUGCAGUCUUGCAAAGGAAUUCCAUCACUACGUAACGCCGGUGAUCGUCAACCGCCUAAUCUUGAAGAUUUCUCCACAAACAGAGAAAAUUCCGCUCAUUAUCGUUGUCGAUACCAGUGAUGGAUCUUAUUCAAGCGUACAAAGAGGAAGGCCAACACGACGGCGAUAGGGAAGAGCAAAACCAUGAAACCCCUAAUUCAUCACCGGACUCUUCCCCGCCGCGCCUCCUUCCGGUAAAGUCCUCCGCUCCUAAGGUGGAUGACACGAUGCUGGCUCUGACGGUGGCGCAGGCUCGCCAGACCGUGACUAAGCCAAUCGACCCGGUUCAGCACGCCGUCGCCUUCAACCCUACCUACGACCAGCUUUGGGCUCCCAUCCACGGUCCUGCUCAUCCCUACGCCAAGGACGGCAUUGCCCAGGGUAUGCGCAACCACAAGCUUGGCUUUGUGGAGGACGCCGCCAUCGAUUCUUUUGUGUUCGACGAGCAGUACAACACCUUCCACAAGUAUGGCUAUGCUGCUGACCCCUCCGCUUCUGCUGGAAACAAUUUUGUCGGCGAUUUGGAGGCCUUGAACCAAAACAACGGUAUUUCUGUUUAUAAUAUCCCACAACAGGAGCUUAAGCGUCGGAAGUUGGAAAAGAAGGAAGAAGAGGACAAAGAUGAGGAUGAUAAUGGAGAUGCUGACGCUACAGAGGUUGAGAAUCCCGCAACUGAUGCGUGGUUACUCAAAAACAAGAAGAGUCCAUGGGCAGGCAAGAAGGAAGGUGUGCAAGUUGAGUUAACGGAGGAGCAGAAGAAGUAUGCGGAGGAGUAUGCCAAGAAGAAGGAAGAGAAAGGACAGAGCGGCGACAAAGGAGAGGUAGUGGCUGAUAAGAGUACUUUCCAUGGCAAGGAGUUGAAGGAUUAUCAAGGAAGGUCAUGGAUUGCGCCCCCUAAAGAUAAGAAAGCCACCAAUGAUCAUUGUUAUAUACCUAAGCGGCUGGUGCACACUUGGAGCGGGCAUACAAAGGGAGUUUCUGCUAUUAGGUUCUUUCCCAAGUAUGGACAUUUAAUUCUCUCGGCUGGAUUGGAUACCAAGGUGAAAAUUUGGGAUGUGUACAAUUCAGGUAAGUGUAUGAGAACUUACAUGGGGCAUUCAAAGGGAGUUCGUGAUAUUUCAUUUUGCAAUGAUGGGACUAAGUUCUUGACUGCGGGAUAUGAUAAGAAUAUUAAGUACUGGGAUACAGAGACAGGGCAGGUGAUAUCUACUUUUUCGACGGGUAAAGUCCCCUAUGUUGUUAAACUAAAUCCUGAUGAGGAUAAGCAGAAUAUUCUGUUGGCUGGUAUGAGUGAUAAGAAGAUUGUGCAGUGGGAUAUCAACAGCGGGCAGAUUACUCAGGAAUAUGAUCAACAUUUGGGGGCUGUGAAUACAAUUACUUUUGUGGACAAUAAUAGAAGAUUUGUUACUUCUAGCGAUGACAAGUCUCUUCGAGUGUGGGAAUAUGGGAUUCCUGUGGUUAUAAAGUAUAUCAGUGAGCCUCACAUGCACUCUAUGCCGGCAAUUUCUCUUCAUCCCAAUUCAAAUUGGCUUGCAGCACAGAGCUUGGACAAUCAAAUUCUUAUCUAUAGCACCAGGGAAAGAUUUCAGCUGAAUAAGAAGAAGAGAUUUGCUGGGCAUAUUGUGGCUGGAUAUGCUUGCCAAGUCAACUUCUCACCUGAUGGACGGUUUGUUAUGUCCGGGGAUGGGGAGGGUAAAUGCUGGUUUUGGGAUUGGAAGAGUUGUAAGGUUUUCAGAACUGUAAAAUGUCAUGAAGGGGUAUGCAUUGGAUGUGAAUGGCAUCCACUGGAACAGAGUAGAGUAGCAACUUGCGGCUGGGAUGGAUUGAUUAAGUACUGGGACUAGCUGCUGAUGCCAGGGGGUUCCCACAAAACAGUGUUACCGAAGGUUUUUCAUUGUCGAAGAAGUGUGUUUGGUCCAGUAUGCAGAAAUAUGAGAUGGAACAUCCAGACUGCAGAAAUGUAUGAGAUGGAACUGCACGUGGCAAUGGCUCCUGUGAGUUUAUUUCAUAUUUAGUCGUUGCCAAAGCUCCAAUGCAGUAAACAUAUGCUACUUGUAUAACACAUUUUGCGGGCGCUUCCAGGUUAGGUGGCUUUUAAGGAACUUAAUGUCUUGAGGUUUCAAGAAGUUUGCUGUUAUUUGUCGUGGUCUUUAAUCCAAUAAUUAUUUAGGUGGUAAGAAUAUUGAUUAAAUUUAUGCUUCAUAGCAACCAAAAACCAUUAGCUUUU